GUUUCACUUUAGACUAUUAUGAUUCCAUGUAGAUGAAAGGUGCUACCAGCCUAACACAUAGGGGCCCAAAGCAAACCCUUUAUUUAGCUAACAUCUUGCAUUUCACAUAUACACUAAUAUUCACCUGACAACAAUAAUAAAAAAAAGAAAAGAAAAGUAAGUAAAGAGAAAUGCAGAAGGACUACAUCUUUUGUUAGAGGACUUGUGGCUAUGAUUAAGGAGGUGUUGGUUUCUAUUUUCAGCAUCCCUUUAACUGCAACUGAAUCGGGAAAUUGGAACUCUUGGUAUUCUUCUUGCAGUACACCAACAGAAUCAGAUAUUUUGGAAUGUGGAAGAAAUACCGCCAUGUUUUAUAUAACGCUCACUUGACCUGAUGAUCAACAGUGAGGACUAGAGACUGCUCUCGGCUUCUGCUUUUCAGUCAAAAUUCAGUGAAAUUGGGCUUGGUGGAUAUUAUCUCUUUAGGUGGUCAGUAAAAAUAUGGGAAAUCUAACAUCCAAACCAGCUGAUCAGCAACCUUUGUUAGAUGAUACAGAUGAAGUCCCAGUCUUGGAAGAGAUCUCUGUUGUGCUUAUGGGUCAUCAUGGAGUUGGGAAGAACACAGUUGGGAAUGUUAUUCUUAAGAAGAAAGUCUUCACUUUUCAAGAUCGCUCUAAAGACUAUUACCUAAAGCAUGAAAACACAACAUCUGGCAGACAUAUUAGUGUGACUCGUGUACCAGGCUGGUCUACAGACUUAAACUCUGAAAAGAAUCGGCAACUUUGGCCAGUGAUUAAAGACAGUGUGCAGUCAGUUAGGGAAGGACCCCAUGUUAUUAUUCUGGUUGUUGAUAUGAACACUGAACCUGCAGAGAAAACAAAAGAGAAAUUAAAACAAAUCUUGGGUGAAAAUGUUAUGCAGCAUGUUUUAAUGGUUUCAGUGGAUUCCAAAAAAAUUGUGGUUUAUCACAGUGCAAGAAAACAAACCAUCAUUGAUAGAUGUAAAUAUCACUUCUUUGCAAGAUGCACAUGUGAAAAACAAAAUGUGUUCAUUGAAACAGUUGAGGACUUUAUUGUAUAUAAGAAUGACAUUCGUUUCUAUGACAUGCUGAAGAAAGCAACAAACCUUGAACUGCAGUGUCAGGAGCUGGCUGAACUAGUAGAUGGACUAAAACGCAAAUUAUCAGCUUUCUCUGUCAGCCUGAAUUCCAAAGAUCAGAAAAUAGGAGAACUGAAACGUCUGCUGAGAGAAAAAGAGGAUAUACUGAGAGCCAAGGGGGAAGAGAUAGUCAGGUUAAAGUCAAAUCAAAAUCACAAUGAGAACUUGCACCUAAGGAUUAACCAGCUUGAGAAUGAAGCACAGAGAGCAAAAGGGUUUCAACAAAAGAUGGAAGAAGAGCAUCAGAGACAGAUUGGAAAAAUGGCAAAAAUCAUUGAAGAAAAGGAUAAAGAAAUAGACAAACUGAAAAAUGAAAAUCAAGCACUGAAAUCUCAAAAUGAAAAGAAAAAGAAGGCAAAGACAUCUUCUAUGAGUGGACCAAGGAAGAAGCAUACUAAGUCAGUUGAAUUGGUUCCAAUGAUCUCAGUAGAAAUGCUGGAUGGUGAAGCACAAGGAAGUGAAGUGCCCAGAGGUUUGCAAUUUCUAAAGAAAAACCGCAACAGACUCAUUGAAAACAUUGUGGCAGUGAAGCCCAUUGCUGAUGACCUGCUUCUGUUUAUUGGCCGCCAUAAAUAUGACAAGAUUCUACAAGCUCCAACUGAGUAUGACCAGCGAAGACAGCUCUAUGACAUAACAGAGAAAGGCGGAACAAAAUUGCAAGAAGAGUUCUAUAACAGCCUUUUAAAGCAUGAGAAAUAUCUUGUUGAUGACUUAGAGAAGCUAGCAAAAUAGAAAGAAUGGCAAGCCUCAAGAAAGGAGAGAUUCAAUUUCUAAAAAGUCAUCAUUUCUUUUUUGGGGAACCAAACUCUUAAGGACAAGUAAUCUGACAAAUUAAAAGCCUUGAACUUAUGAAGGCUUUCAAUGGCCUCUAAAAUACUUCUUAAACAACUAUGGAGUUGCAAAAAGUUCUUCAGUGAUCGUUCUUCCCUGGCUGAAACAAUCAGUUCUUCAGAGACCUGCUGUGCUCACGACAUGUAAUAGACAUGGUUGAAAAAAAAUGAGGCACCUGCAAAACUGACUGUUCAUAGGAAAAAAAGUGCAUCCUUUUUUGCCUGCCUUGCUCUCUGGCUCUGUGGAUCCUGGGUGCAUUGUUCUCAUCAGUGGUGGCCAUGCAUGCUGUGUGGGGGCCAUACCAGCAAAAAGCCUUCAGUGAGACUGAGAUCAGCCACACAACUGAAAUUGGAUCAUGGCAGAAGAACUCUGCUAACCAGUCUGCUUGUAUUAAAUGAGUAUAGAUAAUUUUGUGUUUUUGUCUGUAAUAGUGAAAAUUAUUAUUAUUAGGCUAUUAAACAGAUGAAAUUUGUACUGAAAAUAUUGACCCCAGACAUAUCCCACUGACAUCAGCUGCACCUACUGGAUGUUAAAAAAAGUACCUUAUUGAUUUUUAAUAAGUAAGCCAAAACAUUUUUCCAAAAUGUCAUGCUAUGCUGUUGGGUGUGAGAAUGUUCAUAAACACAUUACAUUUUACAGCAUCCCAGAGGUGUUCUAUGAGGUUGAGGUCAGGACUCUGUGCAGGCCAGUCAAGUUCCUCCACACCAAAUUCACUCAGCCAUGUAUUUAUGGACCUUGCUUUGUGCACUGGUGUACAGUCAUGUUGGAACAGGAAGGGGUCAUCCCCAAACUGUUCACACAAAGUUGGGAACAUGAAAUUGUCCAAAAUAUCUUGGUAUGCUUGGUACUCCAUUCACUGUAACUAAGGGGCCGAGCCCAACCCCUGAAUUCAAUGAUUUGGAGGGGUGUGCCAAAACUUUUAGCAAUAUAGUGUAUAUAAAUAUAUCAAUGACAUGAUUUGAUGUUUUUUUUUUCUUAAAAUUAUGUUUAAUACUUUAAAUAAAAAUCAAAGUAAAAGUCUGAGCCUUAACCAAUCACAUUUCAUUGACGGUGUCAGGAAUUUGAGGACAGGCCUAGUGAGAAAACUUGAACAUAAUCAAAGGGGCUGAACCCAAAUGCAGACAACCAGGUCACAGUUCUGGAGAAAUGUUUAAUUAGAUGAUAAUGCACAUCAAAUAAUCCACAAGACAUAUCCAACAAGUCAGCUCAAAAAGAUGACAGUAGUUUCAAAGAAUAAAAGCCAAAAAUCCACAAGGUUAAUCCAAAAAGCAUACAAAGGUUCACAGGAGUCCAUUCAAAAAACAAAAAGUCAAUACUUCCAAAAGGUAAAUCCAAUUGGUCCACAAAAUAAAUCCAUAAAGCAUUCAAAAGAGCAUAAGUCAAGAAAUCAAAACAAGAAACUAUACCAAAUGCACAAAGCAUCUUAACACUAAGUCCAUAAAACAGCGAAUGAGGCUGCUGAAGACUUGGUUAAGGCACAGGAAACACUGAGCAAAGUUCUUAGGACAAGGGUGACUUAAAUACGCAAACCUAAACACAGGCACAGGUGACACCUAUUAGACAUGUCAAUGCCAGAGACCAACAAAAAGGCAGUGGGGGCCUCUAGUGGCCAGAAAAGUCCACAACCCUGACAGAUAGUCCCCACACAACACUGCUUUUAGUUUGUAUUUCAUUUUAUUUAUUUAUUUAUUGUUUAAGCUUCUUACAGUUGCUUGGGCACUGUGACGAGUACAUAUUUUGGUCUGUCAUGACAAAUAGAACAGGGUUGGGCAUACGUUUUUAUCUUUAUUUUGACAAGUGGGGAAUCACUCUAACAAUGGGACCAGAUAUGAUCUGAGCUGCUACAGAAUUAGAAUGCAGGCUUUUGAAUAUUAAAUUCCCCUCUGGUACUAGUUUUACUAGUUGGUCACAAAACAGCUAAGUUCUGACUGAUACCAACAGUAAGUUCUUGUAAAUUCUAUAGUAACUUUAAUACAUU